AUGGAGAACCAGUCCUGGGACUUCUUUGGGACACCUUUGGGCAAUGCUAGCACCAACCAGACUCUUCUAGACAAGAUGCCCCAGUUACCCCUGGAAGUGCAGGUGGUAACUAUCAUGCUGGUGCUGCUGAUUUGUGGGGUAGGCAUUGCAGGCAACAUCAUGGUGGUCUUGGUGGUCCUUCGCACCAAGCACAUGGUGACUCCCACAAACUGCUACCUGGUAAGCCUGGCUGUGGCUGACCUGAUUGUGCUGUUGGCAGCAGGGUUGCCCAACAUCUCUGAAGUGGUGGCAUCCUGGGUAUAUGGCUAUGUUGGCUGCCUGUGCAUUACCUACCUGCAGUACCUGGGGAUCAACAUUUCAGCAUGCUCCAUCACGGCCUUCACAGUGGAGCGUUACAUUGCCAUUUGCCAUUCCAUCAAGGCACAACUGCUCUGCACCGUGGCCCGGGCCAAGCGCAUCAUAGCAUGUGUGUGGUUCUUCACAUCUCUGUACUGCCUCAUGUGGUUCUUCCUGGUGGACAUCUCCCAAGCUGCGUUCGCAGAUGGAAUGCAAGUCAGCUGUGGCUACCGUGUCUCCAGGAACCUCUACAUGCCCAUCUACUUCCUGGACUUCACCAUCUUCUAUGUUAUCCCUCUAGUCUUGGCCACUGUCCUCUACGGCCUCAUUGCACGCAUCCUCUUCAUGAACCCACUGCCUGCCACCCCACAACAUGCAGGCCGACUGAGCAAACAUGACAGCUCCAUAAGCACUUCCAGCUCCAUGAAGCUCUCCUGCCGGGGGAACAAGAGUGCCCUGAGCUCCAGGAAACAGGUUACAAAGAUGCUGGCUGUGGUGGUGAUCCUCUUUGCCCUUUUGUGGAUGCCGUACCGCACCCUGGUGGUGGUCAACUCCUUCAUGGACCCUCCUUACUUGAACAUAUGGUUUGUCCUCUUCUGUAGGCUCUGCAUCUACCUGAACAGUGCCAUUAAUCCUAUAAUUUACAAUGUAAUGUCUCAAAAGUUUAGAGCUGCCUUCAAAAAGCUAUGUAAAUGUGAGAGGAAGAGAACUGAAAGCACUACUCAGUUCAAUGCCCCGGUCUUCUACAGCACCAUGAAGGACUAUUCCCAUGACAGUUCAGAGCAUGACAUCACAGAACAAGAAGACAUCAAUGGUUACCCACCAGCUGCAAAGAAAAGUAAAUCUUCCAAGUAA